AUGGCCUCCUUGCUCCGACGGCCAGGCAAUCUUGCUCGAUACUCGAGGAGAGCCGCGGACUGCUUCUACCGCGCAGGACCGCUCUCUGCGCACGCACCGCAAUCAAGACUUUCAUCGCUGAUCCUCGCCCACCGGACGAGGACAUAUGCCACCCAGCCCGACGGCAAACCGAAUCCCCCGAAUGACAAGGACAGCAAGACACCGAGCUCGGGAUCCGGACCCAAAAAUAAUGGCGGACAGCCGAAGGAGCCUCAAUCGGUCCUCAGUCAGGAGGAGCAGGAGAUGCUUGACCGGUUCACCAGAUCCGCCAAGGAACAUGUGUCGGGCAAGCACCAAACGAUGCUCGAUGACGUGCGCACAGUGAUCAUGCGAGACGGGUUCCCUCCGGAGUUGAAGGCCUUCAUCCAAGAGCGUCUGAAGUCAACGAAGCCUGUAUCGAUCAUGGACUACGUGAACUUGACGCGCCAUGCGUCGAAACACCUCAAAGGGUUAGCUGCUAAGUUGGAGGAGUUAGAACGGGAGAGGUCGGGGAGGGCCCCGGCGAAUGCGGAAGAGCAAAAGCAGAAGGAGCAGCAGGCUCGUUCGGAAGAUUCGCAAGGCCAGAGUUCCGGGGGCAAAUCCAACAACCAGAAGACUCCGGAAUUCAAAGUACGAGAAAUCAAACUGGACACGCCUACCAUUAUCAUCAGCCUGUUUGUCACCUACUGGAUUUGGAGCAGCCUCCAGGGUGAAAGUUCCAGGGAUAUUACCUGGCAGGAAUUUAGAGCGGACUUCCUGGACAAGGGCCUGGUCGAGAAGCUGACCGUCAUCAACGGCAACAGAGUCCGGGUAGAACUGCGCCGUGACGCGGUGUUCCAAGUUUCCCAGGAUGGUCCUUCUACCAAUCCUCUUGUCUACUACUAUUUCACGAUUGGCUCUGCCGAGGGCUUUGAACAGAGACUGGACCUAGCCCAGAGGGAACUCGGAAUCCCCCCCGCCGAACGGAUUCCCGUCACCCACCGGCAGGAAAUUUCCUGGGUUUCUACGCUGUUUUCGCUUGCCCCCACGGCCAUUGUCAUGCUUGGUCUGUAUUAUAUGACGAGACGUGCCGGUAGCGGAGGUGGCCAGAGUGGGAUAUUUGGCAUUGGUAAGAGCCGGGCCAAACGGUUCAACCAUGAGACCGAUAUCAGGACUAAGUUCGCCGACGUGGCUGGAAUGGACGAAGCUAAGGUGGAAAUCAUGGAAUUCGUCAGCUUCCUGAAGAACCCUAAGAGGUUCGAGAAGCUGGGUGCUAAGAUUCCUCGUGGUGCCAUUCUGUCGGGUCCUCCCGGUACUGGUAAAACGCUCCUGGCGAAGGCCACGGCUGGCGAAUCCGGUGUGCCGUUCUUCAGUGUCAGUGGUUCGGAGUUCGUGGAGAUGUUUGUCGGUGUUGGUCCUUCCCGAGUUCGUGAUCUGUUUGCCAACGCUCGGAAAAACACGCCGUGCAUUAUUUUCAUUGAUGAGAUUGAUGCCAUUGGUAAGGCGAGAGGCAAAUCGACUCACGGUGGCGGCAAUGAUGAGCGUGAGAGCACCUUGAACCAGAUCCUGACCGAAAUGGACGGCUUCAACAGUUCGGAACAAAUUGUGGUGUUGGCUGGUACGAACAGACCCGACGUUCUCGAUAAGGCUUUGAUGCGUCCCGGACGUUUCGAUCGACACAUUUCCAUCGACAGACCCACCAUGGAUGGCCGUAAGCAGAUCUUCGGCGUCCACCUGAAGAAGAUCGUGACGAACGAGGAUAUCGAAUACCUCAAGGGUAGACUUUCAGCUUUGACUCCCGGGUUUGCUGGUGCUGAUAUUGCUAACUGUUGUAACGAGGCUGCUCUGGUUGCCGCUCGUGAAAACGCCGACACCGUCACCAUGAAGCACUUCGAGACAGCGAUUGAACGUGUGAUUGGUGGCUUGGAGAAGAAAUCCCUUGUGCUUUCGCCCGAGGAGAAGCGUACUGUUGCCUACCACGAGGCCGGCCACGCCGUCUGUGGAUGGUACUUCCGUUGGGCCGACCCUCUCCUCAAGGUGUCCAUCAUCCCCCGUGGCCAAGGCGCUCUGGGCUAUGCCCAGUACCUGCCGGCGGGAGGUGACACUUACCUGAUGAACCGCCGCCAGUUCAUGGACCGCAUGGCCAUGACUCUGGGAGGACGUGUCAGCGAGGAGCUGCAUUUUGAGACCGUCACCAGCGGAGCCUCCGACGACUUCAACAAGGUCACGAAGAUGGCCAGCGCCAUGGUGACGAAGUUCGGCAUGUCUCCCAAGCUGGGCUACAUCUACUACGAGGAUGAUCCCCAAUCCCAGAUGCUCAAGCCGUUCUCCGAGAACACGGCCCGGGAAAUCGACGAGGAGGUCCGUCACAUCAUCGCGCAGGCCUACCAGCAGUGCCACACCCUCCUCACUGAGAAGAAGAAGGAAGUCGGCAUCGUGGCCGAGGAACUCCUGUCCAAGGAGGUCCUCAGCCGUGACGACAUGAUUCGUCUUCUUGGCCCUAGGGAGUGGCCUGAAACCGGCGAGUUCGCCAAGUACUUCGACGGCCGCGGCACCAUCUCUCCCCCCGAGCCUACCCAAGUGGACGACGCCACCGAGGGCAAGGAUGGCCGAGACUCGACUCCCAUCCUCCCAUCACAAUAG